AUGGUUUUAUACACUUCCCCAUUUCCCAACAGCUUUCUGUCAGUUCUGCAUUCCUUUUCCUGGGGCCUGAUUUUCCCAUGUUACUGGUUUGCAGAUAGGCUAGUGGCCUCUUUUGUUCCAACCACCUAUGAAAAACGUCAAAGAGCAGAUGAUCCGUGCUAUUUCCAUGCACUCUGCAUCAUUAUUACCACCCCCAUCUACUUGGCACUGUUGGUAGCCUCUCUUCCUUUUGCACUGAUUGGCUUCUUGUUAUGGUCUCCACUGCAGUCAGCUAGAAGGCCCUAUAUCUACUCCAGACUGGAAGACAAGAGCCAGGUCAAUGGAGCCACGCUGCUCACUGAAUGGAAGGCUGCAGGAAAUGGGAAAAGCUUCUGCUUUGGCAGUGCCAAUGUUUGCCUGCUGCCCGAUUCUUUGGCAAGAUUUAAUAACGUUUUCAAUACACAGGCUAGGGCUAAAGAGAUUGGCCGGAGGAUCCGAAAUGGGGCAAGCAGACCACAGAUCAAAAUAUAUAUAGAUUCUCCUACCAACACAUCCAUCAGCGCAGCAAGUUUUAGCAGCCUGGUCUCCCCUCAGGGGGGAGAUAGCACUAAUCGUACUGUCAGUGCUGGCAUGAAAAGGACAACAUCAAUGGAGUACAAAGGAGACAAUUCUGGCUCAAACAACAGCGAGGAUAGUAGAGAUGAUAAGGCUGGAGUCGGAGAGCCAAAUGAAGAAGAUAACUCUUGCAUUGUCCGCAUAAAUGGAGAGGAUAACGGCCACAUGUCAGACGCAGAAGCAGAUCCCGUCAAUGGCCAGGCUAACGCCAGUGGUCCAGCAGAGCAGUCGCUGGAAGGUGAUGCAGAGAACUCAAAAACACCUAACCACAAACAGAAGGAAGGAGAUUCUGGGAGCUUAGACAGCUACACUGCCUCACGAGAGUCCUUAGUUAAGGUUCGCAUUGGAGAUGGUACGGUGGACCAAAGCACUGUCAACAACAAGCUUCUCUACAAAGCUUCAAUCAUGAAGAAGACUUCAGUACGGAAAAAGAAACACACAGAUGAGACCUUUGAUCAUGAGAUCUCUGCUUUCUUCCCUGCCAACUUGGACUUUCUGUGUUUGCAGGAAGUGUUUGACAAAAGGGCUGCAGAGAAAUUGAAAGAGCAGCUUCAUCACUAUUUUGAAUACAUUGUCUACGAUGUUGGGGUCUACAGUUGCCAUGGCUGCUGUAGCUUUAAGUUUGUGAACAGUGGUCUGCUUUUUGCCAGCCGCUAUCCUGUUAUGGAUGCUGCUUAUCACUGUUACCCCAAUGGAAGAGGAACAGACUCCUUGGCUUCCAAGGGAGCCUUGUUUCUCAAGGUGCAAGUGGGAAGUACACCUCAGGACCAAAGAAUUGUGGGAUACAUUUCCUGUACUCACUUGCAAGCUAUUGCAGGAGAUACUACUGUUCGAUGUGAGCAACUGGAUAUGCUUCAAGAUUGGCUGUCUGAAUUCAGAAAAUCUACCUCCUCCUCCAGCACAGCCAAUCCAGAGGAGCUGGUGGCUUUUGAUGUAAUCUGUGGAGAUCUCAACUUCGAUAACUGCUCCUCUGAGGACAAGCUGGAGCAACAGCAUUCUCUGUUUACACACUAUAAAGACCCAUGUCGAAUUGGUCCUGGGGAAGAUAAACCAUGGGCAAUUGGUACCUUGUUGGAUCCUGAAGGACUGUAUGAUGAAGAAGUGUGCACUCCAGAUAAUCUGCAGAAGGUGCUGGAAAGUGAAGAAGGAAGGAAAGGCUACUUAGUCUAUCCCACCAGCAAGAACCGUAGUUCCAGUCAAAAGGGGAGGAAGGCAUCAUUGAAAGGAAAUGGGAGGAGAAUUGACUAUAUGCUUUAUACAGAAGAAGGUCUCUACUUGGAAUGGAAAGUGGAAGUGGAAGAGUUCAGCUUUAUUACUCAGUUAGCAGGCUUGACGGACCACCUACCAGUCGCAAUGCGUCUAAUGGUAUCUACGGGAGAAGAUGACCCUUAA